ACUUGGUCUAUGCUUUUUUGACUCCCUGUUAACCUCCCCAUUUCGUGUCUUCGUCCUCGGUUUUUCAUUUUCGUCUUCACUUCCCCUUUCCAUUUCUUUACCGAACUCGAAAAGAGGAAGGAUUUCGUUAUCCCUUCCAAUCCGCUGGACACCUUCCGUUCUUUGCUGUUCCUCCCAUUCGGUGCGUCCUCUUGGGGUGCCGGUGCUGGCUGGUGACUGUACUGCUGUUUCUGCAGGCAGUCGUCCGUUCCCUCUACCCGUUACGGAUCUUGCAUCAACCGGGUGCUCAUUUCAGCUUGCACCGCCGCCCUUCGCCCCAAGAUUACAAGAGGAGCGUAUAAAGUCACUCUCCAAGUCGCUCUCCUAGAGAUUGGCCCUUGGGAUAAGAAGGUUCGAAAGGGUCGUCAGACGGGACACAGGUCAGGGCAAAGUGAGGAAGAGUCGAGGGCAUUUCAUCCAUUAUCGGUACCGUGCCACUCUUGCUGCUGCUGCUCGUGAUACUCAGCACGGCGUAACUGGACCGACUCCUCUACACCUGUUUUGCGGCUCUUUUGUUUACUGGACCGUCGUUGGGCCAAAGGGCGGGCUAGUUUCUUCGGCUUCCACUCGCUUCAGUAGCCUUUUCUUUUUUUCCUCUUUUCCCUUCUCCCCUCCAGCCCCCUCUUCACGAUGCCAGCAGCAGCAGCGGGGACGGGUGGAGGAGUCCAGCGCUCCUUCUCCUUUCGGCGGCCCUUUAGCCAGGCUUCACGGCUAUCCAUCCCUAAGGCAAAAGGUCCAUCACCGCCGGCUGCUCCCUCCGCUGCAGCCGCUUCGAAUUCGAAAACGAAGGCCACGCAGCAGCUGAAGCCGGACUCCCCGCCCCUCCUUUCCUUAGCUUCCACCUCGCAGUCCGGGGAUCACCCCUCGACCCUGGAUGACGAUGACUUCUUCUCGAAUCCCUUGAAGUCGAACAACUUCAUCUCCCAGCAAACCAUUACAAGCAUUACCCAGGAUUCGGGUGUUCAGACCGGUGACACUUCAAAAACACUUGCGAAGCCCUCCCUCGCUCCUUCUGCCGCAUUCGAAUGCGACGACCCGGUUAGCGGUUCGGACCCGAAAGGGCAGCCCCAAAUAAGGAUAUCAACUUUUCUCAAGCCCUCGAAUCCUGUGCAAGACACUUCUUACCAACCCCCGGUUUCACCCGCGAGCAGUGCUUCUUUUCUGGAUUUAAAGGCUCGCUCGGUUUCCGAGACAUUCGUCACCUUAUCUCACCGUUCAUGGAAUUCACCGAACGUUUCCAGGUCACCAUCGCCCAGCAGUCGGGAUGACAGAAGCAGUCGGGAUGAGAACGAUUCGAGAUCAACAAGCUCAGUAUCGUCGUCAGCUAGCCCCACGAAAGCCAAUGGGGCCGAGGAUACAGCAGAGUCCAAAAAUGUGUUUCAACCGGCUCGCCCGGGAAUUGACCGAUCACCGAGCCUUUUGGGCAAAGCAAGAAGGCCAUUGAGCGUGUUUACGAGAUCUUCAGCAUCCGAGUCUUCAAUGGCACCUCCUUCAACGUUAAAGAAAGCCUAUGUGGGCUCUAGUGAUAGUGUCGGUUCAUUGGGCGAACGCCCAGCAUUGAAAAAGGUCAAGGACGAGCUGUGGGAGGCCUACAAGCUACUAGAAAGUGAUUUCCAAAGGUACAACGAAUUCUUUGGGAGCUUGCUGUCUCCGAUUGGCUAAAAAUUGUAUUAGGUUCCAAGGCAAGUCUACGGCUCAGAAAGCCAACAUCAUUCGGCAAUCUCUCAUCCCCUUUCUCCGAAAAUUCGAAGAUAAAUCGACUGCACACAUUGCACCCGAUGAACUUGAUAGGAGGGUUAGGGUCUUGCAUCGUUGGUGGACCGGCCUCAUGGCGCAGCUUCGUAUUCGGAAUUCACAGGCAAUCGCUGGUGCUGAUAGGCCAGUUUAUCUGGAAGGUAUAUCGGGCCUCCUUUCUCGGCCCGAAUGGAGGUCCGCACCAUCAACCUUUGCUCCUGUGAAUCAGCGACUCCUGGCUUCAGCAAAGUCUCGGUCUUCUUCCUCCCUCGCUUCGACAUCCUCGGCUUACUCCCUUCAGAAAUCGGUCCAACACAACAUCAAGGUCUUAUUCACACGGACACUGUACGACACUCUUGGGUUUACGGUGGAGAAGAUGGGGCUCCGAGCAUCCCCUCCUAGCAUGGUGACAUUUGGCGGCAAGGUCCUGGCUUACGCAUUUUAUUUUUGUCCGGGCGUUGCGGAUAUGUUGAUUAGUCUGUGGGAGAUUCAGCCAGCGGCUGUGAGAAGGGUUCUCCCCGAAUUCGGAGUGGGGCGAGGCACGGAUUUACGACAGGUUUCCGAGGCAAUUGUCAGCGAUUUCCCGGAAACCUUGCAGUCACUUGGGUUCACCACACUGGUCGCAACUCUGCGGGGUAUGAAACAACCCGCGAAGUCACCAGUUGGUAUCCAAGUGGACUGGCACGGCACGUGGACCAGCCGAUGGAGUGGUCAUGACUCGGACCUGCUGUAUGUUUUCUUGAGACACUACCACAUCUUGAUGUAUGACUACCUGCCAGCGGAUGUAUCGCCACUGGCCAGGUUCACCGCUCCUGGUUAUGUCAUGGUGCAGGCUCACAUGCUAUCACUGCUUGAUAGCACCAUCCAUCGCCAACCUACACUAAUGGGAGCUGAUAAUUUGGCGUCGACAACCUUUGAGGACAUGCUCGCCAACGCUACCGCCGCUCUACCCAUGGCUGCCAGAAAUCCCGCACGAACAAUGGCGGAAAAUAAGAUGGUGAUACUUCUCCGGGAUGUCAUAUCCGAUAAGGUCAAUUACUCGGAGGAAUGUCGUAUCAUGUACAUUACUUCCUUCAUGGCCACGAUCAAGGGAGCCGUUCGGAAGACACGCGUUUACGAUGCCGAUGCCUGUUUCACUUUAUGUGACUUGGUGGAGGAAAUAUUGCCUCUAUUUUCACAAGCGGAGAAGCUUUACAACAUGGCUUUUGUGGAUUGGCCGUUUUGGAUAGAUGUCUUGAAACAAAUGUUGGAGAGUGAAAAUAAUAUGAUUGAGUUGCGGCUGAUCUCAUUCAUCUAUACUGCCUGGGAUGUUAUUGUGGAGGAAGAGGGGCGAAAGCGAGCGAUAUGUUUGGACUGGUUAUUAUCGGAGGCUGUUUGGGAAAAAUACUUUUGCCAUUGGUGCCCGAUGGUCAGAGCAUAUUUCAUGAGGUUGGCCUGUUGGAGAUUGGGUAGAUACGAUGGGAGCCCUAAUCCGCUGGAUCUGUGAGUUAACUUCCGAAGAGCGCAUGGUGAUUCAUCUAAUUAUGUGGUACAGGGACAUUCUUGAAACCUUACUUAGGCGGCUACGGACUGCGUAUGCUCAUUACCUACGACUAAAAGACAGAGCAGAAGCGAAUAAAACACCCCUUCCGUCCACCGCACCAUGCCUUCCUCAGCCUUGCAGGCGAUUACUUAUUAUCCGGAGCGAUGUCCUGACCACACCUCAAGGUGUCUUGUUGGAUGGAGUAAUACCAACGGCUGCUCCGAUAUCCGACCCCGAGUCCUUGCCCAGGUUCAGUUCCUCGAUGCCAUUGACUAGCACAUCCACAGCAACUAGCGAUGCUCAGUCAAUCCCGUCUACCGACACUGUGGAUGCAACGCGCCCAACCGAUCCAAAUGCUUCUUCGUUCAGCAGGAGGUGGGGUGCAAUUCGCAGUGUGAUAGGUCUCAAGUCUGCCGUCAACAACGACGCAUCCCCCCCAGACUCACCGGAAUUGCCCCUGCCUCGGAAGCAGGCUGGUAGCAUCCCUUCAUCAAAAGGAAGCCCUAAGCGCGAAUCAUCCUUUACACAGCAGCAACCGGUCCGACAGCAGAAAAAGACUACAUUUAAAUUUGCAUUGGACUGGGUGGAUAGGCCGCCAUUUGGAAACAGAGAGAGAAGGCUGGGUCCGGCACGAAUACCCAGUGCUGGGCAAAAGUAUGUAGAUGCGGAAUGCAACGUGCCUUUGAGCGUCGAUCUCUCUGGUUACACCGGCAAUGCAAGCCACUGGACUUAUGUGGGUCGUGCACUUGCAGAAUGGGUAGUUGUGGUCAUGGAGUGCGAGAAUUUCUUCGAGAGAAGAAAGAGCGAAGGCAAAGAGACGGAUAAAGAUAUAGAGACUCCGAGUUUGGUGGUCGAUUCGGCGCGGAAGCUUUAAAGGGAAGCUCAAAAGGGACUCUACCCAGACAUGACGCUUUCUCAUUCACCAUUCAUUCAUUCAUUCAUUUAUUUUCCGUUCCACUAUUUUUCAUUAUUGGGCGCUUCGAAUAUUGCGGGGAUAGAUGGGGCCAAGAGACGGCAUAUAAUACCACAGACAGAAGAUUCCCUCUCAAUUCCAAAUCUGGAGGAGGGAAGGCUUAAAAUGGGUUGGUUUGUUGAUUAUUCGCGUUUUUUCUUUCGCUUU